AUGCGUCUUUAUCAUCUUCUGAGAAUUGCUUUCAUUUUGAUAGCAUGCUCAUCCCUCUAUUUAUUACUCAGACAAAGACAUCUUUGUCAUUCUAAAGAGUAUGAAAAUAUGUUAGAAAUUGUACUCACAGAAGAAGAAGAAAAUUCGACCGAGCCAAUUUACGAUUCAGACUACUCAAACGAUAUCACCACUUUACCGCAAUUUUUAAAUGCAGAUUUACACGUUCGCAGAAAACGGCAAAAGGAGAACGACGAACAGGUGUUGGAUCUUCCUAUAGACGAAGGCAGUAACCCCGGCGGAUCUCAAGCGAAAACCACCAAAGAUGCACGAAAUUCAAUUGAACUUCUGUCAUCAGAGAGGAACACUAAUCUUACUGAAGCUACUCAGAAUUCGACUGAGAGCAUUCCAACUCGGUUAAUAUUUAAUAAAAUCUAUAGGCAUGUCUGCUUACAAAUGACUACAAAAGAUAUUUUUGGUUAUGGAGACACUAGCACACACAUUCUGACAAGACCUUUGACUGUCCCUGCUGUAUUCUUGAUCAUAGAAAUCAUAUUCGCUACUAUCAACAUCGUUCAAGUUCACUCCACUUUCAAAGAUCUGACUAAAGCUCAAACAUGCAUGAACAAUAUUGUUCAUAUAAUCUUUUGGAGUAUCUCUGCAGUUUCCCUCAUCUUACACCGUUUUUCAUGGGAUGAUAGUUGGUCUCGAACAAACUUUUUGCCGUUUUACCCAUCUGAUUGGUAUUUUGUGGAGAUUAUCUGCUACAUAGUGGUAGCCUUGCUCGUUUUAGAAAUUUAUGUGAACGAGUGGACGUUCUACACUAUCUAUAUCGAGAAGAGCAGUGGCGUUUACCGGGUAAUGGAAAGGCCAGAAUUCCAAUGUUCCGUUUAUCAUGACGGAGUCCAACAGAUUGCUAAUUGA